AUGAAUUCAGAGAGUUCUGAUGAGGAUGUACUCCAGCUUUUCCCUGAUAAGGAUGAAGUUAUGGAUGGACAAAUAGAUCAUAAAAAUUUUAAUAGUGAGUCAUUAUUUCUGAAAUAUUUCAGCAAAAAUCAGGUUUUGAUUGAAAAACAAAUGAAUGAAAUCCAUAAAUUAUUAGUGGAUAAUCGCGUAGAAAUUAAAGGCUUUUAUUUUAAAGAUUUGUUCUCGGUGCUUAUCGAAGUCCACCUGACUGAUUCUGUAAAGAAUUGGAUCUUUGGGCUGAUCGAAGUGCGAAGCAACAUCCGAACCUUAAGUGAAAAAGCAAAAAUGAAUUACUUAAAUUCUGUGUUUGGGAAGUUCAGCUUGGUGCUCAAUAGUGAAAUUAUUUAUUUGAAUGUCAUCCCGAACAUUAGUGAACAUUUGGUUGACUGUAGAACUUCUUACUUUCCACAUGGAAUGUGCAACGGCAAUAUAAUCAAUAUUACAGCCAAAAAAAAUAUUCGUGAUAAUGCUGAUCAAUUUAUUACGAGCGUUUUGACCAAAAAAGAUAAUGAUAUCUAUUUCUCAAAAAUAUUCGGAGUUAGACUGGAAUUUUCUGCUACUGAUUCCUCUGCGCGUUUCUUGAUUAAGACAAAGGAUGUCAAUAAUAAUCUGCUAAAGUCUUUACAUGCUGCAUUUGGUGCACUUACUUUCUGCGUGUCGACGCUUCACUUCGUUCCAAUCAACCAGAAGGAUAAAUUAGCAACAAUUAUCGGUAGUGCACCUAAUGAUAAAAAGUUCUGGUCAGAAUUAUCAGAGAUCGAUAUUGUUCUGUGUUCUGAGAGCGAACAAGCAAUGGCCAUGCAAAGGAACUCUUCUAUAAAAAAUAUAAAAAAUACAACACUUCCCUCAAAAAACUAUAUCGACUCAGUUCCUUUAUCAGCUGCAAAAAGCUCGUCAAUUUUUGACCGAUUAGGACCUAAUCUCGUGAUUCACAGAUCAUUCAAAUCUCAGACAAAGAGACUAAAAAGAAUUUCUUCACAAGCAUCACGCUCAGCCAACUAA